GGUAAAAAAAAUAGCAUCAUUUUCACAAAGUAGAUAAGAUCAUUAAGUGAUAGAAGGUAACAGUAGGAAUUGAACUGAUGCCACCUGUUAUCCUUUACCAAAAUCGAGCUGAGAUAGGAUGGUGGCUGACGACCUUUCCCAAUCCAGUAGCUGACUUCUCCCCACCAUGCUUCACCGCAGGUGUGGCCUCCAUGCAAGGAGCUAAUCGCUCAGCAGUGACAGAGUUCAUCCUCAUUGGCUUCUCUGCUUUCCCCCGCCUUCAGCUGAUGUUCUUCCUGCUGUUCCUGCUGAUGUACCUGUUCGCCCUGCUGGGAAACCUGCUCAUCAUGACCACCAUCUGGCGUGAGCGCAGCCUCCACACACCCAUGUACCUCUUCCUGUGUGCCCUCUCCAUCUCUGAGAUCCUCUACACCUUGGCCAUCAUCCCGCGCAUGCUGGCUGACCUGCUCUCCACCCACCACACCAUCACCUUUACUGCGUGUGGCAGCCAAAUGUUCUUCUCAUUCGCAUUUGGCUUCACCCACUCCUUCCUGCUCACUGUCAUGGGCUAUGACCGCUACGUGGCCAUCUGUCAUCCACUGCGCUACAAUGCGCUCAUGAGCCCCCAUGGCUGUGCCUGCCUGGUGGCCUGGUCCUGGAUUGGUGGAUCAGUAAUGGGGAUGGUGGUGACAACGGCAGUUUUCCAUCUCACCUUCUGUGGUCCCAAUGAGAUUCACCAUUUUGCUUGCCAUAUGCCACCCCUGUUGAAGUUGGCCUGUGGCAAGAAUGUAGCAGUGGUGGUCAUGGGUGUGGGCUUGGUGUGUAUCACAGUCCUGCUGGGCUGCUGUCUCCUCAUCCUCCUCUCCUACGCCUUCAUCGUGUCUACCGUCUUGAGGAUCCCAUCAGCUGAGGGUCGGCACAAAGCCUUCUCCACAUGUGCGUCCCACCUCAUGGUGGUGGUUGUGCACUAUGGCUUUGCCUCUGUCAUCUACCUCAAGCCCAAGGGCCCUCACUCCCUGGAAGGAGACACCUUGAUGGGCAUCACCUACACGGUCCUCACACCCUUCCUCAGCCCCAUCAUCUUCAGCCUCAGGAACAAGGAGCUGAAGGUGGCUAUGGAGAAGACCUUCCUCAGCAAACUUUACCCAGAAAAAAUAUAACAAUCUAGGGAAAAU